CGGGAGCAUUUGUUUCCCGCCGGGGCGUAUUGCUGGGGUCCAGUCUGGCCGCAGUGGCGGCGGGAGCGCAAGCCGGGCCGCGGGAUCUCCGGGUCCAACGCCACCGCGCAGAGAACAGCCUGGGGCCGGCUUCCGAGGUGCUUCCCACCGGCUCGGACCGGGGCCGAGGCAGGUACUGAGCACUGCGGCGCCGAGUGACGCCCAGAGGGAAGUGCGUGGAUCACAGAGACUGUGGGGCUAGAGGGGCCCGCCGCGGAGACUCCCGGGGAGGCUAGCGAGGCCCCCAGCCCGCCGAGCGUCAACCCGGUCGCUGCGCUGGCCUCUGGGUGCGGGAUGAGAGGCUCUAGGCUGUGUUUACAGGUCUUCAAGAGCUGCCCACACCCGAAGAGCCAUCGCAUCUCCCGCCCAGAAAUCCGGCCCGACUGCGGCAGGACCUUCAAGCUCUGCAGCGAGGCCUCGCUUCAUACACCGGACCCGUUGGGGUCGGCUCGCACCUGUCCGCUCUGUCCCCGUGUUUGCAAGAUGCCCAGCAGCUGGCCCAGCAUAUCCGGAUCUUCAAGGCUGGAAGGCAUUGCCCUGUCGGUGGAGAGGCCGCAGGGGCUCCUUAGAAGCUCUUGUUUCUGGUACAGCAGCUGCCGCUCCAGAUGCUGCUGCUUCCUCCCCGGCCACCCCAUCCGCGGUCCUCCUCCCCGGAGACCAUGGACCCGCCGCCCCCCAAGGCUCCCCCUUUCCCUAAGACGGAAGGCCCUCCUUCCACUCCAUCCUCGGCGGCAGGGCCCCGACCCCCGCGGCUGGGCCGCCACUUGCUCAUCGACGCCAACGGGGUGCCCUACACAUACACGGUGCAGCUGGAGGAGGAGCCCCGGGGCCCGCCUCAGCGCGAGGCGCCGCCGGGAGAGACCGGCCCUCGCAAGGGCUACAGUUGCCCGGAGUGCGCCCGUGUCUUUGCCAGCCCUCUGCGGCUGCAGAGCCACCGCGUGUCGCACUCGGACCUCAAGCCCUUCACGUGUGGCGCCUGCGGCAAGGCCUUCAAGCGCUCCAGCCACCUGUCGCGGCACCGUGCAACGCACCGCGCCCGCGCUGGCCCGCCGCACACCUGUCCACUCUGCCCACGCCGUUUCCAGGACGCAGCGGAGCUGGCGCAGCACGUGCGCCUCCACUAAGUUCCAGACCCGCCUGUGUUCCACGUCUGACCCACACAGUGUCACUCCCACACACAGUUCCUGGCCUGGCUAAUGUUACUGCCUUACCCUGGGCCUCAGUUUCCCCAUCUAUCCAAAGGGAGAAACAUUCCUUCCUUUCUUCCCUCCCUCUAACUGUGUGAUGUAGUCGUUGCCCCUCCCUGGGCUUGUGAGCUGGUGGAAAGUGGGUUCCCGCCCGGCUGUGCUGUGUGAGCCUUUGCAAGUGACAUAACGUCUCUGAGCCUUGGUUUGCUGCACCAAAGUGCUGAACAGUUCUUGUCUGCGUGGAAGAUUUGACAAAAAGGUCACAGGCACGGUCCGGUUCACUUCUGUAUCAACUCCCUUCCACCCACCUCACCCCUUAAUAAACAUUCCACAUUCCA